AAGUUAAGUUUCCUUGGAUAGUCAAUCCACCCUACUGUGUCCUUGCUUCUUCCGUACCCAGGGACCAAAUAGAGUCAUGCAUGAAAAAUGCUCCUAAGCACUCCUCCUGCAGAAGAAAGAUAAUGAAGGCAUGCACUGCUGACUCCACAAGAAGCCUUUUGCACAGUUAAGAAUCAUCAGUGAGACUUUGCAAAGUAUUUCAGAGCCUACUGCUACCACUCUCAUCAACCUGAAGUUCCCAAUGUACACAGAACCAAUUGCACAUGGGACCUGAUUAUCGGUUGGUGACUCAGAUGGGGCUCAUCACUCUGGGCCACCUCUGCCCCUUAGGUUGGAUGCAACACUUCAUUAUGUUCCCUCCAAAACAAAUCCAACUGCAAAGUAUUGGGAAAAAGAUGGAAAUCCUGUAUGAAUGCGGAAGCCAUUAGCAGAGUAAUUGCUGUCUGUUACCAUGACAACCAGCCGCUGCAGUCACCUGCCAGAAGUGCUGCCAGACUGCACCAGCUCAACUGUGCCCCUGGUGAAGACUGUGGAGGAUUGUGGCAGCCUAGUGAAUGGGCAGCCACAGUAUGUCAUGCAAGUUUCGGCCAAGGACGGGCAGCUGCUGUCAACAGUAGUACGGACUCUUGCCACCCAGAGCCCCUUCAAUGACCGGCCGAUGUGCAGGAUCUGCCACGAGGGCAGCAGCCAAGAGGACUUGCUCUCUCCAUGUGAAUGUACGGGGACCUUGGGGACAAUUCAUCGGAGCUGCCUGGAGCACUGGCUGUCAUCCUCAAACACCAGCUACUGUGAACUCUGCCACUUCAGGUUUGCAGUCGAGCGCAAACCCAGGCCGUUAGUGGAGUGGCUCAGAAACCCAGGCCCUCAGCAUGAGAAGCGGACUCUGUUUGGAGACAUGGUGUGCUUCUUGUUCAUAACGCCCUUGGCCACCAUCUCGGGCUGGCUCUGCCUGCGGGGCGCCGUGGACCACCUGCACUUUAGCAGUCGGCUCGAGGCCGUCGGACUGAUUGCACUCACUGUCGCACUCUUCACUAUUUACCUCUUUUGGACACUAGUGUCGUUUAGGUACCACUGUCGAUUGUACAACGAAUGGCGUCGGACCAAUCAGAGGGUGAUUCUCCUCAUUCCAAAGUCUGUCAACAUACCUUCUAACCAGCAGUCCUUGCUGGGCCUCCAUUCUGUCAAGAGGAACUCAAAAGAGACAAUUGUCUGACAUCUGUGUGGUUGGUUGGUUGACUGGUUGUUUGGGUUUGGAAGUGUCCGCACUGGGGCCGUGCCCUGAGCCACCCCCAAACCCUUCCCGAAGCCCGUGGGUCUAAGAACAUCCAGAGCCGUGUGAGCACAGCGCCCGGAGCAACGAACUCCGCCAGGAGAAAGCGAAUGCUGUUUCACUUCCAGUCACGGAUGCUGCAAUCAUAUGAUAUUUGCUAAGCUGCCAAACAUGUUUAUUUAGCAGAUACUGUAUGGAACUUUCCGAACACCUCUUUUAACCAAUGAGGAAGGCUGUCCUGCUGAGGAUGCAAUUCGAUUCUUCCUUUUUAUUACUAUUUCAAAUAUAUAAACUUAUUAAACUUAGAUGAUAAUCAAAUUGAAAAGCCAAUGUUAAAACUGGUGUCUUGGUUUGGAUGGGUUUUGUUGGAUUCGUUUAUUUGUUGCUGGUUUCUCCUGUAGAUUCUUUGGGGUCAUUUGAUAGCUUAAGUGGUCUUUUUCAUCUCUUUUAUGUCCCAUACUCAAGGGGACAGCAUAACAACUGCAAAACAAGUCAUGUUUGAGGGAUGUUUUGUACUAAAUCUCAUGUAAGUGUUCAGACUUUAAAGGAACAAGAGGUGUGGCAGCUCUCCCCACAGUGCGCUGUUUAUUUAAUUCUCAUUAAGGAGGAAAAAAGAAAAAAUAUGGUGAGAAGCACGCUCCUGUCAACUCGUUUGGUACUGAUGGCUGAUGGAAGCUAUUUUCUAAUAAUAAAUAUCCAGUGUGUGAAAGACAAACCCCA